AUGACGAGCCCCACAGUGGGCUUUUUCACGUCUGCACUCUUCACACACCAUGCGCUACAGUGGCUGUGGAGCUACACGGUUGAGUUUCACCCGCGGUGGCUGUGUGAACAGGGCAUGAAAAGCGGUGGGCGUGCUACUGGUGGCGCUUGCUAUAGACGAUGGCGAAGUAUCCGAACCUUGCCGACCGUGUAUGCGCCCGUAGAUCACAGAAGGGGAGAUCAGCGCGCAAAGUUGCCCGACGGGCGUGCGUUCCGUCACACAUCGGCGCCUGUGUCGCCGAUUGACACGUUUCCAUUACGGCGAUCUUCGCGAGCAUCCUACUUGGAGCAUGUGUCUCGGGCUGCGCAUGCCGUGCUCGAUCCUCCGCCUACCCAGCCAUUGGGUUUGGGGACGAUCCAUCGCAUCAUGGAUCUCGUUGCAUCUUGCGUAUAUACGGAAAAGACACGCGAUGCACGCUCCCAACUCCGGCGCUUUGUGGGCGAGCGACUCUGGCCCCAAUGUUCGUCAGAGGCUGUGGCUAUCGAGCUACUAGCACUCCAGGGGAAUCUUGAUGCUGCCCUCUCCCGAUUCGCCGCCUUACUUUCGCAGCAUGAGGCGCUGCUUCGGCACCUGCAAGCCCAGUCACUCCAAGGCAUGCACACGCGCCAACGGGGAGAGAAUGCAACACUGGAUGCCGUGUACCGAGCUGCGACGGCUGUGCUAUCGACAUGGGUGGAGAACUGCAUGCACGAGAAAGCUCAAAGUGUCUAUUCGGGAAUGACGGCUGACCGUGCGGCGGCGUGGUUCUGGGAGCAUCCGCUCAUCUUGGCCAUGGCGCAGCCUCCCUUUCCAAAAGUGGUUCAUUCCAUUUACACGCUUCUAUCGUCGCUGGUCGAUCCACACGCGCACCUGCAAAGGGUCCUUGCAAUGCAGCGCCCCAGCGACGAGCGGGCGCAUUUUGCCAGUGUGCUGGUGCUGUCGUAUGCCAAUCGAGGCUCGCCGCAUAUGAGUGCGCAGCUUAUGAACGAGGUGAUGGCCUCCGAGAUCAUGCCGCAUGAAGGGGCUGUACGUCGCGUCCUUCGCACCAUAGCCCCCCUGCGUGAUCGCGAUCUUGCGCAGCCGCUGAUUCAGUGGCUUGAGCAAUAUUCCCGAUCCGCCACUACGUUCAGCGUCCUGGCUAUGUACUAUGCGGAGCUGGGUGAUGUCGACGGAAUGGAACGUGCGCUGAUCCGAUGCCCGGACAGUAGCGGCAGUCUUUGUGCGCGUGCACGCCUAGUCUGUGCGGCCAGUCGCGGCGAUGUUGCUGCGGUGCACCAUAGGAUAGGCCCUGUGUUGCAGACUGAGGAAGAUGCGUUCUGGCUGCUCCGUGCACACGUGCGGAGCAAUGACAUGGCGGGAGCUCGGCAAGUAUUCCUGGACGCAACGCAGGAGUAUGCGUCGGAGCGGCUGUACGGCGAAAUGGCGCGUAUGGUCGCUCGUAUGGGCCACACCAACGAGGCAUUGGAUAUCGCUGCGCAGCUGGAAGGCAUCGGAAUCGUGUGCACACCCACGACACUCACCUACCUUGUCCAGGCACUGGGUCGCGCGCACUUGCCGGAACGUGCAGCAGCGCUGGUAGCGCGGCAGUUUGAGCGCGGCACUCGACCGGCUUUGCGUGUGUACACGGCGUUGAUGGAUGCGUAUAUCCGUGUGGGACAUUAUGUGGCAGCGCAGGGCAUAUUUCAAUGGCUUCAGACGCAGCAUGAUCCGUCGCUGCUUCCAGACACAAGUGCAUACAACACCUUGCUGAAAGCGCACGUCCAUAAGGGCACACCGGUGAAACAUGUCGUGCAGUUCUUGUUGGAUAUGCGUCGGCAGCGCUUGAUGCCCGAUGCACGGACAUAUGCUCUCGUUGUGCAGAGUGCAUGUGAUGCACGGCGCUUGCGCCUGGCGGAGCAGCUCUUUGAACUCGCUGAUCGCAGCUUGCAGGGCGGAGCAUCAUUGCAGCUGCACACGAUACUUAUCCAUGCCUACCUCAAGGCGAACGAUACGAUUCGUGCACGGGAGCUGCUUGAGCAAGUCGAGCGCCGCGGCAUGGAACCAUCGUACAUCACGUAUGCCGUCUUGCUGCACAGCUAUGCCAAUGGCACCGAGUCAAGUCUACAGAUUGCCCAGGACCUCGCACUGCGUUUAAUUGACCAAGCAUCGUUGUCACAGGAGCCACGCACAUGGACUGUGCCAGCACUUGAGCAGGGGCCCAUGCUAGAAAAUCUGCUUGUCCCGCUUAUCGAUGCGCAUGGCAAGCGCGGGGACAUAUGGGAAGCUCAAUACCUGUUCCGACGGCUACUGCAUGGCAGUGAGCCACUCUCGCCACAGGCGCUCACCGUCAUGAUGAAUGCACACCGAUCGGCCGGAGAUGUGGAGGGCGUUCUGCGGCUGUGGGACGAGUUGUAUGCCAUGAUGACGUUGCGUGCACAGGCAGACGUGUCGGCGGCCGACACGCUCGUGGGCUCGAUAGGGGCAGCCAUGUCAUUGACGACACCAAGCGCGGACGCUUCACCGUGCAUUGGACCCUUCCAACGCAAUUUGCUAUGUAUCCCUCUCUCCCUAACCAUUGAUACCGCAUCACGUGCCGGACUGCAUGACCGUGUGGCUGAAAUAUGGACACAGGCGAAGCGCGACGGCUUUGCGUUUGAUGCACAAAACUACAACCAUCUGUGUCGUGCGCUCGCACGAGCUGAUCGCGUGCCCGAUGCUUUGAGUAUCGUGCAGCAUGUGUUGUAUGAGUCGCCGCCAUCCUUGAAGCAUGUGGAUGAUCCUGCGCCGGCCGAUUUCAUCACACAUCUGGGCGCCAAGCAAACCGUGACAGAGUAUGCUGCGAACCCAUUAUACCAAGCACGUCUGACAUUACAAAAUGAUGCACGCACUGCAGUUCCUGUGAGCCCGCCGAAUCGACGCAAGCAUCGAUUCACUCCGACUUAUCUCCAACAGUGCCAGGACUCGGUGGAUGCACAGCCAGACGGUAUUUUGCAAGAUACGAACCUAUUGCAUGGCCGUGAACUCUGGUUUGCAUCGUUGAACACCAUGCGCACUCUGUCCGAGGCACUUGAAAAGCAUCGUUCCAGACGCGACGAAUGGCUCGCGCUUUUUCCGCGAGCCGCCGAGCGCCUGGACGAAUGCCGGAAGUACUGCCCCCGAGCAUUUGCUUGA